AUGAGAUGGGAAUCAUCGACACUGGACAUGCUGUGGUCAUUUCUCAACAUCUGCUUUCCAAUAGCUAUGAUCUUUGGGCAGUUUUUGGCAGCGUUCUUGUGCAAACGUAUCGGCAGACGAUAUACAGCACUGUUAGCAAGUGCGAUGUAUAUCCCUGCUACGCUACUCAGCGCCGCAUCAAAAAUCUGCUUUCCUGCUUUUGAGCUGUUGUUCGUCGGAAGAAUUCUUUGGUGGGUUUCGAUAAGAAUUGCUCUAAGAGAGUGCAAAAUUAUGGCACAGCUAUUCAGGUCUUUGGCUUGUGGAAUAAAUAGCGUUAAUGCAACUGUGUGGAUUGUGGAAUGUGCACCUCCAGCGAUCCGUGGGCGGAUGGCCGCAACACAGGAAUUUCUUUAUGGCUAUAGGUUAAACACGGCUGGAAAGGACGAAAGCGUCUCAUAUUCAGGCUCGUUGAUAACGCAAGCGCUAGGUGUACCGUUUGCCGACGACACCCUCUGGCCACUGAUCUUCUUGCCAAAUGUCGUUUUUGUUAUUGUCUCGAUGAUUAUGUUCGGAUUUCUUUACGAUUCGCCUCAGUACAUCAUGCAGAAGACAGGAGAUCCGGAACAAGCUAGAAAAGCUCUAGCUGCUUAUCACGGAGUCGAUGUUUCUGAUUCUUCGAUCGACACUGAAAUUCGCAUUUGUGAAGAGGCAUUAACGAAGGAGAAGUCCAAAAAAGAGGUCAGAAGAUUCUGUUGA